GCAUCCAGAAUUGUGGAUAGAGAUUUCAGGAUAACACAUUUUGGUUGGGAAAAAUAGUAUAAAUAAUGUGUAGGGCUGAAGCAAAAUAUCAGUCAUCAAGAUGAAGAUCUUUAGUGUAUGGGUGGUUGUGUUUUGCUAUCUAGGGGCACUAUCCUUAGUCACAGGUUAUACCCAAUUUGGGAAAAAGGCCUUCCCAUCAGACUUCAUUUUUGGACUUGGAUCUGCCGCCUAUCAGUAUGAAGGAGCAUAUCGAGAAGAUGGAAAGGGGAAAAGUAUUUGGGAUACAUUUGCGCACACUCCAGGGAAAAUUUUUAACAAUAGCAAUGGUGAUAUUGCUAAUGAUCAGUACCACCGUUAUAAGGACGAUGUGAAACUUUUGGCUGAUCUGGGAGUCGAUUCAUAUAGAUUUUCAAUUGCCUGGACUCGCAUAUUCCCCAAUGGAAGAGGGAAAGUGAAUGAAAAGGGAAUCGCUUAUUACAACAAUCUUAUUGACGAGCUUCUUAAGCAUGGUAUCCGUCCAUUCGUGACAAUAUUCCAUUGGGAUCUUCCACAAGUUCUCGAGGACGAGUAUGGAGGUUUCUUAAGCGAAAAAAUUAUAAAAGAUUUUGUGAACUAUGCAAAUGUAUGCUUUGAAGCGUUUGGUGAUAGAGUGAAGGACUGGGUAACAAUAAAUGAGCUGAUAAGCAUAAGCAUGUAUGGAUACAACUAUGGAAGUUUUGCUCCUGGCCGCUGCUCAAAAUCAGUGGGAAAUUGCAGCGCUGGAAAUUCAGCUAUUGAAACGUAUAUAGUCGCCCACAAUUUGCUUCUUUCACAUGCAGCUGCUGUUAAACUAUACAGAGACAAGUAUCAAAAAAUACAGAAUGGAAGCAUUGGAAUUACACUCGCAACCCACUGGUUUUUGCCUCACAGCAAUUCAUUGGCCGACGGAAAAGCUAGUCGACGGGCACUCGAUUUUUUCUUUGGCUGGUAUACAGAUCCUCUAGUAAGAGGGGAAUAUCCAGCUUCAAUGCGAGCUACGUUGGGUGCUCGUCUACCCCGAUUUACCCAAGCACAGUCUAAUCAAGUGAAAGGCUCUUUUGAUUUCUUGGGUAUCAAUUAUUAUACUGGAAUGUAUACCAUACAUGACAGCUCUGUUCAAAAUCCCAUGGACAACAAUUUCACACAGGAUGCCCGCAUCAUAUUAGUUUAUGAACGCAAUGGUAUUCUGAUUGGACCCCAGGGAGGAGCAGAUUGGUUGCAUCUUUAUCCACGUGGGAUUAGAGAGUUGCUCAAUUACAUUAAACACAACUAUAACAACCCACCCGUUUAUAUCACGGAGAAUGGGGUCGAUGAUUCGUACAAUUCAAGCAUGACAAUGCAGGAGAGCCUGAAUGAUACAUGGCGAAUUAAUUACCAUUCCAAGCAUUUGUUAAAUCUUGCGUUGGCAAUAAAGGAUGGAUGUAACGUGAAGGGUUAUUAUGGUUGGACAUUUAUGGAUGAUUUUGAAUGGAAUGGAGGAUACGAAAGCAAGAUGGGCUUUUAUUAUGUUGACCGUGCUAACAACUUGACUAGGCAUGCAAGAGCAUCUGCUCACUGGUUGAAGGACUUUUUGCAUAACUAGAAGAUUGAAAGAUCUAUCUAUCUAGUAUUAUAUUAUCUUAUUAUAAUAAUAUUGGCAUUCCGCCACAUUACGAAAGCCUUCAUAGCUCUGUAAUGGUGGUUUAUGGAGGGGUUUCCUGGAGCUGUUGAGAUUUUUUAAGAAUAUUAUAAAGCUGUUGGUCUUAUGAAUUUCAUAAUACAGUUGAGCUUAAAAAUUUAAGCUCCAAAAUUUAAGGAAGCAGGUGGUUUCAUGAAUAUAAUAAAAUUAUUUAUUAAUGGAAA